UUCUUCAAGCAAGAUCAACCCAGCCGGUUCGAAUUCAAGCUCUCAGAAAGUGGCUCAUUUCUUGCUGAGAUAUGGGUGCUUUUUGAGCUGAUCUUUGAACAUUUUGCUGAGAGAGAGUUGGGGAAGACAGAAGGGAUUUUGUGCUCUAAAACUGGACAGUGCUUCCUGUAUUUUUCCCUCUGGUUGUAGGCUGAGUAGAAGACUCUCCAAAUUUUUUAAUUACAAGGUUUUCUUUGUUCCCCUCUCUCCCUGCAUGCUGUGGGGGUGGAGGAGGCCUUUUUCUUUUUGGCCUUUUCACCAUCAAGUUUCUGAGGCAGGGGCCUCCAAGCUGACAAGGUUUGAAAGCACAGGAGACUAAAGGAGAAGUGGGACCAUGUCUUCACAUGAUAAAGAAGAUCUUACAGUCCUUCUCAACUUUCUCUCAAAACUUGGACUGGACAGAUUUUAUCCCAACAAGCUCACUCUGCGGUCUGUCUUGGAGAUCAACAAAAACAGUGUGUAUGAUGGAGAUGUUUCAUCAGUAGAGGAAAUACCAUGGUGUUUUCUCAGAAAACUGUUUAAAAUCAAUGCAGAAUGCAGGAACUAUACAGAAAUAUCAAACAAAGUCGAUAAUGAAGAGGAAGAAAACAAUGAUGUCUUUGACCUAGACCUUUACACUGCAGAGGACUCUGCAGACAAUAAGGUGAACCUUCUUGACCUUGUAGUUGCACUCUUCUAUUGUGCUGACAGCUUCUUACAACAAGAAAUAGCCCUUAAAAUGUCAGUGUGCCAGUUUUCUGUCCCACUGCUGCUGCCCCAUGGCAACAAAAGUCUGUGUACCUUGAUGCUGUGGGCUCUGAGAGACAUCGUCAAAGAGUGGCGUCCACAUGAAAUGUCUGAAUCAAGAGGGUUUGUUGAAGACAGCAUUGUCCAGACAGAACUACCAUUCUUCUCCUUUGUGAGGCUUAAAAACUGCAGUUUAUCCAAGUCCCAGUGUUUGAAUCAUAUUCUCAGCCUUGGCCAGUACAGCAGCAACAUGUUCAUACACAGAGAUAUGAAAGGAGGAGCCAACAAAAGAAAAAUUGCAAACGGAUUGACUGAGGUCUGCUGGUACCUCCCCUCUGGCAGAGAAAAACUUGACAAAUUCCCAAAACCAGUCACUGUUGCUAAUCUGAGAGGGGACAUUGGUCAGUCACUUUCCCAAUUUAGUUUUCUUUUUGAAGUGUCAACUGCUACCUUUGUAUUUCUGGACAAAGUUGAAGAAGAUGAGCAGAAGAUCCUGACAUCUCUUAAAGACGUGACAUCUAAACUGUUCCUGGUUGUGAACCGUAAGGCGGAGAAUGCUAAAGAGGAUCUGACCACCGUCAAGAUAGCAGUGGAACAGUUAAAUCUACCACAGACCAGCGUGAAAAUCAAAGACUCACGUGUAAAUGUAAUAGAGUUUUCAGAGAAACUUUGUGCAACCAUCAACAAAUCACUGACAAAUAUGAAAACUCCAACAAAAAUUGAAAACAUGCUUGACAAGGCUGUUGAACUCGGCCUGUCUGAGGAUGAAAGCAUAAGUGGCGAACAAAAGAGGGCUGCUGAGGAGAUUGUGAAAGGAAUUGGUUUGCAACCAAUACCAGACUACAAGAACAAACAGCUGCCUUUACAGGGUGUUAACUGGAAAAGUCUGUCAAAGAUAGAAAUGGAGGAAUGUAGGUCACAAAAAGCUGGUGAUCAAGGACUGGAAGAACAGAAAUCUCAGCUACAAGACAAAAAAAAAGAAAUCCUGAAGGAGCUUGGCAAAUACAAACUUUCUGAAGCCAUGAAUAUUUUCACCAAACAAAUAUCUGAAAGGGACAAAGUGAAAAGAGACUUUUUCCUGAAGUGGAUGAAACUUAAACUGAAUGCUCAUCUGCAGCCUGCCAUGCAACAAUCUUUACUGCGUCACAAGUUGUCAGAACAGCAUAGCAAAAAGGAGAAAGAUGUGAAAGAGAUUGCAGAGCUGGAUCGAGCUUUGCUGGAAAGCUCUUUGGGAAUAGAGCAUUACAUGAGAGAGAUGGGGCUGAUCUAUGAGUUCACCUCAAAGUCACCAAACUGUGAUGAAAUAAUCUCUCGUCUCCCUGGUUUGGCUGCUGAAAUGUUGUUGGAUGGAUAUCCUUUAGAGCUUCUUGAUGGAGAUGUUUCCAACAUCCCACAGAGGUGGGUGACAGAUGUGCUGAAGGAGCUCCACAACAAGGUUGGAGGGAAGAGCCGACUCCUGGUGCUGACUGUGCUGGGUGUUCAAAGUUCAGGAAAGUCAACACUCCUCAACACCAUGUUUGGUGUUCAGUUUCCUGUCAGCAGUGGCAGAUGCACAAGAGGAGCAUACAUACUCUUUCUCAGAGUCAGUGAUGACAUGCAAGCCGAGUUGAACUAUGACUUCUUAGUUCUGAUUGACACAGAAGGUCUUAAGUCUCCUUGUUUGGCACAGCUAGAAGACAGUUAUGAGCACGAUAACCAGCUAGCCACCUUUGUCAUUGGCUUAAGUGAUGUCACCAUUAUCAACAUUGCAAUGGAAAACUCCACUGAAAUGAAAGAUGUUUUGCAAAUUGCAACUCAUGCAUUCUUGAGGAUGAAGACAAUUGGGAAAAAACCAAUAUGUCAUUUUGUGCACCAAAAUAUUGGUGGAGUUUCUGCCCACGCAAAGACCAUGACAGAGAGAAAACAUCUCUUGGAGCAGCUCAAUGAAAUGACGCAAAUUGCUGCCGAAAUGGAAAAACAUCCCGACAAACAGUCAUUCACAGAUGUGUUGGACUAUGACUUGGAAAAAAAUAACUGGAACAUCCCAGGACUGUGGCUCGGGACCCCUCCAAUGGCACCAGUGAACACAGGUUACAGUGAAGCUGUGGCAGAUUUCAAGAAAAAUCUUCUGGAGACUGCAAAAAGAGACAAAAGCGAUCGUGUUUCAGAUAUCCCAGAAUUUCUAGAGUGGGUGAAAAGUCUCUGGAAAGCAGUGAAGUAUGAGAACUUCCUUUUUAGUUUCAGAAACACUCUUGUAGCUCAUGCCUAUGACAACCUUUGCAUCGAGUUCCAAACGUGGGACUGGGAGUUCAGAAAAGAGGUUUCCCGCUGGCAAACAGCCACUGAAAUGGAAAUCUCAAAUGCUGACAAUCAGUCUGACCUUCAGGAUCUGAAUGACAUGGUCAAAUCAAAAAAGUCAGAGCUGUUAGACAAAAUAGCAGAACAAAAACAAAUAAUGGAAGAGAAACUCCAAGAGUACUACAAAAGGAAAGACAGACAUGUGAAUCUAAUUCAGAAGUUCAAAACUGGAUUCAAGCUACAAAUCGGGAGUCUUGGAAAUGAAAUCCAACAUUCAGCAGAGAAUGACUUGGAUCGUGCACUUCACUACAAAAAAAGUUCAAAAGAGGCUGAAGACAUUCAGAGAAAACACAGAGAAGUGAUUGAAGAACGGGUCAUGACAGUAGUGAGAGACUGCAAACCCCAAAAGCUGUCUGAGGAGAAGCUGAAGGAAGAGUUUGAAAAGAUGUGGGCAGAUGUCACUAAAAAUGUGGCUGGCCUGAAAGAACAAGACAUACCAGCAAAAGUCCUUAACCAACUGAGAAGACAUUUUCUCAACCUUAAUGUCAAUGAAAACUUACGGAAAAUCACAGACCUCCAACAAAUGGGGACCAGUCAAUUUCAUGUCAAGUCAGAGCAUGUAAAGACAAGUUUUAAAGUAUGGAGGCAGGGAGAUAUGAAGAGAGAACUGCAGAGCCUGGCAGACAGUGUCAUUGAUUGUUGCACACGAUUUAUGGAAUACACUGCACAGUCAGGCAGAGACUACCAUGACUCUUUCACAAAGGAGCUUCUGGAAAAGGCAGAUGAAUCCAUGAAGCGACGCUCCAGGAACCACACGCCCCAGUUUGAGAUAGACCUGAAACUCCAUAUUUGUGGCUUUGCCUCGAGGAAGUUCCUUGACAUGCACAGAAAGUACUUGACUGACAGGGAUCCAAAAAUUAAGCUGGAGAUUAAAAAGAAACAGUACUUGGAAAACUUCAAUGAUUUAUACAACAAGAGAGAUGAUUGCCAACGAAAAGCAAAAAAAUAUGUCAGGGUUUGUAUGAAACCUGCUGUUGAGGAGUACAUCAACAAAUCUCUGGGAGUCGACAUUGCUGAUGACAUUUUAACAAGCUGUCAUUCACCACAGUACACUUCUCGCUCUUUUUUCCAGUACAACAUUCAGAAAGAGUUGUUGGAAAGAGGUGACUUUGUCAGUUUUGUCAAGUACAUCAGCCAGUAUGAAGUAUUUGUUAAGGACUGGAUUUUUCAGCAGGUCCUGCAGAAAAUGUCAGAGGGCCAGACUCUGUGCAAACUGAAGAAUAAAAUUCUGCAGGUCAUAGUUUACAAAAUCACAGAAGCUUUGAGACAAUCUUCAAAACACAGCGAUGGCACUCUGCUGCCAGAUAACCAAGAGAGCAUCCCAGAGCUCAUCAACAACAUGCGCAAGUGCUUGAUCAAAGACAUCUCGAUCUCAGUGGAGGAGGAAAAAACCAUCUUGUUUCAAAUCCAAAGCACAUGCCAUCCAUUUAAAGACAUGCUCGUUACAUCAUUAGAUGAACUGAAGAAGGAGCUGCAGGAGGAAUUCUCAAACUCCAAAAACAUCUCUGAGACUCUGCACAAACUCCCAAUCAAACCACAAGAUGAGCUCUUCAAGCAAGUGUUUGGCUGUGGGAAACAAUGUCCAUUCUGUAAAGUUCCUUGUGAGGCUGCAGGGAAAGUACACAAGCAACACCAUGCAGCUGUGCACCGGCCUCAAGGUCUUGGUACGUACAGGUGCUCAGAAACUCAGAAGUUGGUUGUAAACCUGUGUACAACAGACGUCCACAGUGAGCAAACAUUCCAAAGCCCAGAGACUGAAUGGAAAACUCAGAAUUAUAAGGACUACGCCAAGUUUUAUCCAGACUGGCACAUUCCUCCUGACUGCAGCAUCAAAGCUUCUGACUACUGGAAGUUUGUUCUGGUAAAAUACAACGACAAAUUUGCUGAAGAAUACGAAGCCAAGCCUGCUGAUGUUCCAGCGGCCUGGAGAAGCAUCACAAAAGAACAGGCACUGACAGGUUUAAAAGAAGCCUUCAACAUACAGUGAACACACAAUCCUGGAAAAUAUCCAUCAACACAAAACAUUUAAAUAGUGGAGCUUUCCCUCCAGCCCUCACAUUAGGGCUUUCAGCAAAACAAUGAUUGAAUUUAGAGUCAUUUACCUGCUUACCUUGACAAAUGGAUAUCUUAAAAAGGGAGAAAGAACCCAUGAAAUACUCUGAUAAUCAUUUCUCUGUUUCUGUGUUUUGAUUUCGUUAAUCUGAUGUUGUGGUCUCAACAAGAAAUGCUUCUAACAGUGAAUAUUUCAGCACCUUGGUCUGGUGAAUGUGACUGAGGACAGACAAUGAGCUGACUAGUGUGCAUGAACUUAAAUAGUAAUGUUGAACUUUUGAGAUUGUGUUUUGUAAAGUAGAAAUAUUCCAUUGUCUCUGUCACGAAAAUUCUGUCAGUACUCAUUCUUUACGACCAGAGAGUAUAAAUAUAGUGAUUAGAUAGAGAAUUCUUUGUGUUUCUGUUCACUUAUCUUUUGCAGUUGUGACUUUUUAUUCUGUUCAAAGAUAACGCUGAAAUCUUUUUUAUUUUUUGUCAGCACACACAAUGAUCAAUUCAAAGAUUUGAUAAUGAAAAUCGUAUUUUGCCUUUUCUUUCAGCUUUUGAUGACUUCUCUUUGUUAUUUUGUGAUGUUGUUUUGCUAUGUGGAUUUUAAUUGAAUGUGCACAAUAAUAAUUAAGGUAGCAAUGAUCAUAAUGUUCUUUAAGACCAUACAAGAAAGUAUGGAUGAAAAGAUGAUGUUUUACUAAAGAUCAUGUGGAAAAAAUAUGAUGUUUUGAUGCACUGGUGUUCAAAUGUUUCCUGUUGUGUUUCCCAGUUGGACUUCUGAUUGGUGCUCCUAAAAUCUCGUGUAACAAAAACACAAGAGAGUAAAAAAAUUACAUGUGCUUGACAACACUGUAGUAUAAGAUGUGAAUGUAAAUGACUUUAAGGGCUAACUUGCUGUACUUUUGUGUGACUCUCACAUACUCCUGGUCUUAUGUUUUGAUAAAAUUUUGUUGUACUGAUGUUUUGAUGUUUGCGCUUAGUCACAACUAUUGAUGGUGACGCUGUGGAAAAUGUUUCUACACAAAGAGUUUUAAAAAGAUGUUUUCUACAUUGUCAUGGUCUAAUCAUUUUGACUUUUGUUUUUCUUGUCAAUGGAAAUUAGUUUGUCUUUAAUGUGUAUUUGAUUCAGUCAGUGAAUCUGUCUUGUUAAAUAAACUAAAUGUUUUCAUGUUUCAGUAAUGUUGAUGAUAGCAGAUGAUAGCAGGAAAAGUGUGGCCUUAUUUUGUAAAUUCAGACAUAUGAUGAGAUAACAAGCUUCACAUGCUGUUGUUCUUAUUUGUCUUUCUGUUUGACUGUUCAGAUUUUCUUUCUUAACUCAUAAUGACAAGCAAUAAAUUUGAU